UUCAGUUACCAACAGACCGCGCGACCGUUAGCAUCGUGUGUCACAGUUGUGAUUCUGGAUUUAACGACUAACUAGUGAACAAUUUCACAUCCCCGAAACAAAACAACGUGCAACCCUCAACAAAACAUUCCCAACGACUCAUCGAAGGGCCAAUAAAAACACCGACAAGUGUCACAAAAUUCAUCACCACUGUUCCCCCCCUGCAAAGGUCCCCAGUGCGCCAACAAUUGAGCCUUCGUUCCACGUAAAAAUAAAAAUUACAAAAACAAGAAAAUUGAAAGGAAUAAAAUUUUUCACUCGCGUGUGGGUAGUUUGAGAUCGACGAACCGGCCUUCCAACUCCCGCGUCCAUUCGCCCUGUUGUUCUCGCUUGAUCGUGUCUUCUCGUGUGCGUCCGCAAAACUCGAAGCCGGUGAGGUUGGCCCGAGGGAAGCGGUCAGUCACGUAGCAGCUCUCGAGCCGCUAGGAACAAAGGAAAAUCGUGAGAACAGAGAACAAACGCCUCGACGUGCGUCACAAGGACUUGAAGCAGUUGAAAUAUUAAUUUAUCAAUAAAAAUCAGCUGGCACGGGCACAAAUAUUCCUCAAUCACUGGAAAACAAUUGUUUAUUUACAACUGAUAAAAGCCGAGUGUUCGUGUUGCUGUGAAUUUAUAUCGAGUUAUCGGUGAAAAUUACAGUUUUUUUGUUCUCUCGUGCCGGGAGUGCCAACGCACGCCGGGAGAAUUCACGAGACCCAAUCGCCUUUUUUCCUGUUUCAUCCGGAGGGACAAAGGAGUCACUGAUAUUCGGAUAUUUAUCGGCUCUCUGGUGUGUCUAUUAGUCGAUUAUUCGGCGAUUUGGAGUGAGAAAUAGUGACAUUGGCCGGUCGGUUUUUUUUUGUACGUUUGACUGGUGAACAGACGCCGGUGCGUUCCUAACCUAGAAAAACCACUGGAGAACGCCACAGACAGGACGCCAGGAUUUUUUUUUGUGGAUUUUUGGGGAGAAAAUACUGCGGGUUGAACUCAAUCAUCGAGACUUGUGGGGUGACCUGUGAGGGACUCUAGUUUCAGUGUUUUUCGAUUUUUUUUUUGUUUUGUUUUAACGCUGAUAAUCCUUGCCGCGUUCUUCCUUUGUGUGAUAUGUGCCACGCUGGAAACGGCGUUUGAAGGAGGAUUUUUCCGAUCGCCUGCGGAUUAUUCUCGUCUAUACGGUGAGUUUCUUCUACGAAGAAGAGCUUAUGCGUACGUAAACAUCAAAUAAAACACAUACAGAACAUUCAGAACAAAUAAACACUGUGAAAGCUUGGAGAAUAGAUGCAUGGGAAUUGAUAACUCUGGUGGAAAGUUGGUGACAAAGUGUUGUACAGAAGGGAUGCCGGUUGACUGAAGAUGGCCUCCCCGACACCCUCGUUGGAAUCACGCGCAAAUUCCCUCGGCUCCCUGGUAUCACUGUCCCCGCUAACAGUUAGCGGGAGUUCACCACCAGCAAGUGAUUCUGCUAUCUGCGACGUUGACAGUUGCGAUAUUUGCCUUGACUCGGGUAAACCGGGUGACGGUACCUGUCACUGUCGUGUUGGACGUGGUGUAAGGUGCACAGGUUGUAAAUCAACAGAAUCAGACGCUGUGGCACGUUGCUUCGACUGUGCCAAUUUUCUCUGUCCAAAUUGCGUUAUGGCACAUCAAUUUAUGCACUGCUUUGAGGGACACAGAGUCCUAAAUCUUGGUGAUUCUAAGAUGGAAUCAAGCACUGAAUCACGAACAAAUCUUGUGAUAAGCGGUGGUAAUGGUACAAACGGUGAGAAAGCAUUAUUCUGUCCACGUCACAAGUCAGAAUUACUGAAAUAUUUCUGUCGUACUUGUACAGUACCAGUGUGCAAGGAAUGUACAAUAACAGAUCAUCCUGGCUCACUUCACGAUUGCGUUCACAUCUCAGAAGUUGGACCACAACAAUUGGAGUCAGUUGCAAGAGCUGUUGCUGAUUGUCGAGCCAAAGCUGCUGAUGUUAGAGCCGCUGUUAAAGCCGCUGAUCAUGGUGCUGCAAGACUUCAAGUGCAGUAUCACAAAGCACAGAAUGAGAUUAACGAUACAUUUCAAUUCUACCGUUCGAUGCUGGAGGAACGUAAGCAGGACAUUCUCAAAGAGCUUGAAUCUGUUUUCUCCGCAAAACAGAUAUCUCUGGGCGUUGUAACGCAAAAAGCCAAUGAAAUGGCUGACAAGAUUCAACAGACUUGUGACUUUGUUGAAAAAUUAACCAAGUAUACAACCAUAACUGAAGUACUGAUGGUGAAAAAAUUACUUGACUCGAAGCUUCAGAUACUUCUCAAUUACACACCUGACAUUUCCACGCAAUCAGCUGAUCUUGAAUUUGUCAGUAAUUAUCAGGCUAUUCAGGUCGGUGUUAGAAACACAUUUGGAUAUAUUCGAAGUAGCACAGAGAGUAAUAGCGUUGGACCGAGUAAACAACCACCAAUAGCAAGACCAACGGCAUUAUCAAGUGGUGGAAAUAGUAGCAAUGCAAGCAGUGGGCCUGGUAGUGCUGGCUCAUUGGGUGGUCUACUACUUGACAGACCCUACAGCAAUGGCCUUGUAUCAAAUUCAACUUGUGCAUCAACAUCACCACCAUCAUUCGAGAGUAACGUUAUAUCAAAACGUUUUAGCUCUGUUAACAGUCUUGGUCCAUUUUCAACAACAAUAAGUGAUCUCAAUCUCAAUGGUAUGAAUAAUCCAUAUGAGAAAUGGAGCAAUGGUGGUAGUGAUACGUACGCUGUAACCACAAAUGAUCAUUUCUCAAUGACAACGACAAAUGGACCAACCGACUCCGUCCUCGAUCUUACGUCAAAGCUCAUGUCGGCCGCUGCUAUCUUUCCACCAAAAUCACAGAUUAAACGACAAAAGAUGAUCUAUCACUGUAAAUUCGGUGAAUUUGGAGUUAUGGAGGGACAAUUUACUGAACCAUCGGGAGUUGCUGUCAAUGCACAAAAUAUCAUUGUCGCUGAUACAAAUAAUCACAGAAUUCAGAUAUUCGAUAAAGAGGGACGUUUUAAAUUUCAAUUUGGGGAAUGUGGUAAACGCGAUGGACAAUUACUGUAUCCAAAUCGUGUUGCUGCUGUACGUCCAUCCGGUGAUAUUAUUGUUACCGAACGAUCACCAACACAUCAAAUACAAAUCUACAAUCAGUAUGGACAAUUUGUACGUAAAUUUGGUGCCAAUAUACUCCAACAUCCACGUGGUGUUACUGUUGAUUCGAAGGGACGUAUUGUUGUGGUUGAGUGUAAAGUUAUGAGAGUUAUAAUAUUCGAUCAAGCUGGCAAUGUACUCCAAAAAUUUGGCUGCUCAAAGCAUCUUGAAUUUCCAAAUGGUGUUGUUGUUAAUGACAAACAGGAGAUAUUCAUCAGUGACAAUCGUGCACACUGUGUCAAAGUAUUUAAUUACGAGGGUGCUUAUCUACGCCAAAUUGGUGGUGAGGGUAUAACAAAUUAUCCAAUUGGCGUUGGUAUUAAUGCCGCUGGUGAAAUACUUAUUGCUGAUAAUCACAAUAAUUUCAAUCUAACGAUAUUUACACAAGAGGGACAACUUGUAUCAGCACUCGAGAGUAAAGUCAAGCAUGCACAGUGCUUUGAUGUUGCACUUAUGGAUGAUGGAUCUGUUGUACUUGCCAGCAAGGAUUAUCGUCUUUAUAUAUAUCGUUAUGUACAAGUACCACCAAUUGGCAUGUAGAGCCGUGGAUGAUGGGCGCAGGCUCAUCGUGAGUCAACGUACAAGGCAAAGUUACAAUACUUCAAAUCAAUAAGCGAAAACGUUGACGAUAAUUCAACAAGACAUAAGUGUGAUAAAUAUAAAUCACAUGUUCAUCGUAAUUUACCAACGAUCUCAUCGGCUAAUGGUAGACGUUCACAGUCUAGCUGUAACAUCGAUAAUCAUCAGGCAUAUGCUGAUAAUAAAAUGACGCGCGCCGCCAGGGAUACUCGUCAAGACGCCUCAUCCACGCUGUGAAUUUUUUGCCAGUCAACUUAUCUGUUUUUUUUUACGUUCGUUUCUUUUGUAAUUUUUUUAGUUUUCUCUUCUAACUUGAGGGGACUGAGAAUGAGUAAUUCCCUGACACACGCACAAAAAAGAAUGUGAAGGUUUAAAUUAAAAAAAAAAAUACGAUAGGAGAGGCGGACUCGGAGACACAAACAAAAAGAAAAAAAAAAUGAAAAAAAACCGAGACAAUGAAUGAAAAACACGUACACACGCGCGAAAACUUACUUGUUAAUGUUGUUAUAACUGAAAAUACUGUUGUUGUUGUUUAGUUGUAGAGCUCGCCGCCGCUAGUCACUAUUUUCCCCCCGAAUUCUUACCGUGUUAUUGCCCCUUUAUCCCUCAACCCCUAGCCACUCCUCCCUCCGUUUUUAUCCAACUCGAUUAUUCCAGGGAUUUUCAAUUCAGUCUCCCACUGAAAAACCGUCUGGUAGCGGUAUUUUUCUUUUUAAUUUUCGGCAUUACGAGAAUCUACAUAUUUCGAGAGUCUCUGGAAACGACAAAAUGUUUAUCCAAUAUUAUUUUUUACUGUCAUUAAUCACCGGUAAACUGUCGUAGCGUGCUCCCAUACUCCUCCUCCCCAUUUCACCACUCCACUUAUUAUUUUCUCUCUCAUCCCCCACCGUAAUAUUUUCCCUCACCUCGAGAGCCCUCGUGAAAACACUGUCCAGCCACGUUUGCGUUAUAAUCCCCACUGUUUUCUCGAUAUAACCACUCGUAAUUUUCUCGUGUGCGCAGAGUGGGUCGAGGAGAGGAUGAAGAUGAAAGAAAAAAAAAAACACCUUCCAUUCACAUUUUUUUUGCAGUCCUCAACCCCUAUUUUUGAAUUUUUCAUUUUUUUAAUCUAACUCUCCUUUCGAAGGACGAGCACAAACGAAAAACAAGGGCCUGAAACCCUUGACCCAUCCAGAUUUACGUUGUUUUCAUUAUAAUGCUCAUCGUCUUGUCACGAGUUCCUAAGACGCGCGUCAAUCGUUGGAUAGUCAUCGAUUUAUUAUUUUUCAUUGAAUUAUUUUCGUCCAGCGAGCGACGAAGGCUGAUCGUUGAUUUGAUUUAGUUGAUUAUUCAAUUCCUUGGAUAUAUGAUUAGUUGUUUAUUGAUAAUAUUAUUCGAUCAUUAUUUUUUAAUGUGUUAUACCUCGGACGAGAGAGCGCCCUCGGAUUGCGGAUGCACAACCCUCGUUUGCUGAGACUUGUAAUAUCUCAUAUAUUUUUUUUCUUUUUAAUAUUGCAUUUAGGUAGUAAAGACGAGAUGGAUAGUGUCCAGUCAACAAAAUAGUAGUUUUUUUCUCUUCUGUAUUUCAACUAUUAUCUCUUUUGUAAGUUUCACUUUAGUCUUCAAUGCACAAGUCCCACGUGACUAUAAUUUUUUUUUUCAGUUUUUUUUCAAGUCACGUGGGAGCCAAAGGGAGACGAUUUGGCUGAGUUUGAGUAGUUUUUCAUUUAAAAUUGACCAAAAAUUGUUUUCUGAUUGACAAACUUCUCCUGAUGCCUCUUCAGUACUCCUUAUCGUGUGCUUAAUUAUUUUUUUACUACCCUCCCAGCGGCGAUGAAUAGCCGUUUGUUUGAUUGUUUUACUUUCUUCACGAUGUAGUGGAAAGGGUGGGGCAGAAUGGGCACCUCAGAUUUUUUAUUUUCAACGUCCAAAGGGUGGAAAUAAAUUGAUCGACUGAACGAUCAACUGCAAGAUUUUGUUUUUUGAAUGACUUUUGGAAGUGCCCGUAUUGCCCCUCCCUCCCCCUUGACCUGUAUUGUAGUUAGUAGAUCGUAGUGGAGUUGAGAUGAACUGUGAAACGAUUAAGUAACAUAUAAGAAAUUCUCCAAUUAUUUUUCUCUCCCUGUUAUCAAUUGUAUUAUUACUCCUUGCCCGUCAAUUAUCAUUCAAUGUGACUGCUGACCACUAUUCGUAUUUAGAAUGACAUUUUUUUAAUUAUUUCAUUAUGAAUUUUGUUUUGUUCGAUUGAUUUUUUUUAGUAUACAUUACGAUUUAACUUGUCUAAGACACCGAUUCAGGAAUGAAACAGUAUGUGUUGAGGAUAUAGAUAAUAAAAGAAAUAGGACUUUGGAUGAGUGAAAUGUUAGGUAGUAUUUUUCAAUUUCUCACGCAAUUUUUUUUCUCUCAAAAUAAUUGAACGACAAAUAAAAAUGAUGAAGAAAUAGUAUUAAUAUAUUUUGUUGGAUGAGUCGAGUGAUGUGAGCGACAAGAAUAUGGUAUGAAAGUUUUUUUUUUUGGGUUUGUUUAGACUUCAUGCAUGUUUAAAACAAUUUACAAUCAUUAAUUAUUGUGUAUUUUUUUUAUUGUAUUAGUAUUAUUAAUUAUUGUAUUAUUUUAUUAAUUCCACGAUCAAUUGUGUCACUGCCCCAAAAAUUAUUGGUGUAUUUCAUGGAAAUUUGAGGAAUGGAGUAAAUUUAGCUGAUGAAAAUGUUGAAAGAUUCUCGGUUCAAUCGAUAAGACUGUCGAGGCUAGCUGGCAGAAACAGUGAUGAAAAAAAUAGGCCUUUUAUUUGCUAUUUUCACCCAAAUCUUUAUUCCCUGAAUUCAACAGUUUUAUUUGAAAGGAGAGGGGGAAAUCGAUGCCGACUAUCAAAGAUAAAAGUUGAAAGAGCUCUCUUUAUUUUUGUAAUUUUGAGUAAAGUAUGGCAAUGUUUUUUUUCGUCAGCCAAGAUUAUUUCCCAUUUUUUUUUCAAUCCCGAGAGUCCCGAGUCGACAUGCGACCUCGAUUCAGGACGCUCGAGUGAGUGAGUCAGACGACCGGAAAAUUUCAAAUCUCUUUUUCCUCGAGUCCCUUCGGAGGGCUCUGAUUUUUUUCCAAUACUCUAUUCACAAGUGAUGAGUUUCUGUUCAUUGUACAAAUCUCAGUUUCAACCAUUGGUGAAGAAUGAGUAAUUAAAUUUUCAAAAUUUCAUGUACUUACUAAAUGAAGUAAAAUCUGAUUUGUAUAAAGGCUUUUUCGAGUGAACAUUGCUCAGCCCAGGUACAGUGACACCAUUUUGUACAUAAAUUAUUAAAUGAAAUACUCGAAUUUACGUUAAUUAUCAUUAAAUCAAUAAUUUUUAUCUCACGCGUGUGUGUUGUGUGCAUAUGAGUUUAAUUUCUUUAUUUUCACUCCAUGACCUCAAAUUAUUGAUUAAAAAAAGAAAAAUGAUUAAAUUUCUGAUUAUCAGUCGAUUACGAUUAUUACUGUAUUAGUUAAUUGCACCAAAGUGGCGUUGAACAAGGAUUAAAGAUAAUUCGGUAAUUUAUUUAUUCAGCGGUUAAGUAAUUAAUGAAAAAUUAUGUUUUACUGGUGUUUUGAGUUCAUGAAAGUGAGUAAUUCGUGGGAUAAGUAAUUGAUAGUGAAUUAUUAAAACAAUAUUUGUCAAUAUUUUCAAAUUUACUUUAAGGAAUAAUUCAGGAGGGGAGGGAAUCGCUUGGGAGUCUGUCAAUUCGUUCCUAUUCCAAUUAAAAUUCCUACUGAUAAUGGAAUGAAACAUUUUAUUCCUCUAUUUUAGUUUUUAUACUCGAUGAACGAUGUCGGACUGCCCUCAGCUCUUUCUUCCCUCCCAACAAACGUGAUUUUUCUUUUUCGUUAAUAAAGUAAAUAAAAUAAAUGUAGAGAAGGAAUUCACCAUCAAUUACGAGCAAUUAUUAAAUUCAAUGUAACAAUUGUUAGUGAAAUUUCUCGACGCCAGCUAGCCAUCGAGACCUCAGCCCGUGACUAGAAUGGGUUGACUAUAGACAAAAGACAAACAACAAAAUACAAGAAAAUUAAGAUAACUUUUCGAUAAUUAAAUCAUCAAAAUCAGAAAUUAUUAGCGUUGUUCAGUAAUAUAAAUGGAAAAAAAUUGAAAAAAAAAAGACAAAACAACGAAAACCUCUCUCAACUUCUUUUUUUGUACGGUUUGUUAUGUUAUUAUUUUUAAUGGAUACAACCGAAUUGUUCUUAAUUUAAAAAUGUAAAUCGUAUUUUUGUUUGUUUCUUUUUUUAGUUAUUUUUUUGUUGUAAAAUGCUUUUUAAUAAUAUUUUCAGUUCAUAUUACCUGGCCUUGUGUUUUUUUUUCCACUCUACUAGCAUUGUUUUUUCAUCGUGAUUGUCUCUUUCAUUUUCCUUUGAUGAACCACUCCUCCCGCACUCUAUUUCCAACUUUCCAAUCAUUUUUAAAUCCUGUGAGAGUUCAUGCUCAGGUGGAAAAUAUCGAUGAGGACUCGUGUUUCCAUGAAUUUAACGCAAUUUGAAGAACCUUGGAAAAGUUGAAGGUUUUUUUUUCAUUCGCCAGUUUUUAUUUCAUUCACUUGAACCCUUUUAUGUUCAAUACAUUCCACAUGCGAUUCGAUUUUUUCUUGCAACUUGUGAUUUCCUGUACAUUCCAUCUACCUUUGAUUUUCCACAUAUAGUAUUACUGUAUCUAGUCAUUGCAUUUUCCGCCUUUGAGGGAGCUUGCUCGAGGUUUCAUGAAUGCUGUGUGAACAUUCCGACGUAUUUUUUAUUAUUUACAAGUAAGUAAUGAGUAGAAUUUUUUUCAACCCUCUAUUUUUAGAUUAUUUAUGUACUCCUUUUUAAUUUACUUUUUUCCAGCGUGAGCUACGCGGAGAGAAAUAUUCGUUAAAAAUUACGGAACUAUUCACGUGCUUUGUAAACGAGUGGAAUUUUUAGAUAAUUUUUGUGGGAAUAGAUGAGAAUAAUUCUGAAACUGUCAGGACCCUUUCUGUAUAAAAGCACGAAGACAGGAAAUUUUUCUGAACCAGUGAAAUUUAACAAAAAAAUUCAGAUUUAUUGUGACUGCGAAUACAAAAAUUAUUGAAAGCUCAAUCAUUUCUACGGAACUGGGGCAUUGUUUUUACGUUCCGGGGUAUGUUAAUUUUCACCGACGGAUGGCCUAUCCCCAUAUCGCAGCUGAUCUCAACCCCAGUCUCGUUGAAAGGGUGAACUCAUGACUCAUUUUUACGGAACUCUACGUUAAGGUUACGUGACGGAAACGUAAAAUUUCAGUUCUGACUCAUUAUUUUCGUUGGUAUUGACUUCGCUCACCGACGACGUUGGUAAAUGUAAUUUUGACGUUUCUUUUUUGGUACUUUUUAUCGAAUAUAUCUCUCUGUGUAUCCAGUCCAAUAAGUUUUGAGGAACAGAGUUUCCUUUUCAUUAUCAAUAAGGUAAUAAUUCUGCGUUACAUUUCCUUUGAUUAUUGAUGAGCGAACCAAGAGAAUUAUUUCAGUAAAUAACAUCGUAUGCGCUCAUUAAAUUUUUGAUGGACUUGUGCCGAUGAAUAAAAUGCAUGUGAGGUAUAAGUUCUCCCCCGAGGUAUAAAUUUCAACCCUAGGUUGGUCAUCCUAUCACAGGAACAUCGCAGGCUCAUCAGAAAGUUUUUUAAAAAUUUGACUUUUCCAUUUCGAGGGCCUAGGAACCUUUGGUGGUUGAAGAACAAAAUUAUUUUUAAGAACUGCCGAAGAAAAUAAACUAUUUCGGGAGUGGAAUUAUUUUUAUAUUUAUUUAAAUCUCAAGUAUGACUUACUUAGCCUUUUUUCAUUAUUAUUAUUAGACUAAGGGCGGAAUUAUUCUUUCUCGUGCUAAAUCAAAUCGAAUUCUGAUUUGCGUCAAAAAAAUAUGGCUGAGAAAUUUUUGUUUCACCGCCUAAUAUCAACGAUACAAAAAUUUUGGAACUAAAAAAUGAAUUCUAUUCACUAUCGUUUAGUUUUACUAUUAUCUAUAACGAUUUUCUGUUGCAUUCACAAUUGCAUCACAGUCUACAAAAUAUACAAUGCAACAAACGAAUUAAAAAAAUUAUUUUCCUCUACUGAUUAACCGACGAAAAAUUCUUUGAACGAUUACAACUCAUGACUCUGUUAAAUAAAAACAAUCUCCCCCCAACAAAUUUUUUUCCCUAUCUGCAAGUGAUUAGAAUGCACGUAAGUCUUUGCCGAGGUAUAAAACUCCCUUAAAAAAGUCAUAAACAAUGUGAAAGAUCCCAACGAUGCACGCACAUCCCCAUAUUUUAAACCAUCAAAAACUGGUGAUUUAUUUUUUCUCAUUCGCACACACGAGAGAAACGAGAAAUGUUUUUCCUGAAAAAUACCGGUGGAAAACAUGUAAAAAUAAAACGCAUACCAACGGUGGAAAAAAAAAUGGUGACUGGACAAACUCCGAGUGUUGGGGGUAGAGUUGUGUAAAAAACAAAAAGCACUGCUAACCCCCGCGAGGGCUGCCGUACACACUCGUUGCAAUCAUAAAAUUUUGACGAUCUUCACUCGCUGUGGAUUUCUCGUUAGAGAAUACACCAUAAAAUACCGAACAACGAACAAAAGCCACAGCCCACAAGCACAAACAUGAAAUAAAUUUCAAAUGAAAAUUAGGAAGAAAAAAUCCGAGUUAAUUACUCUCAGUGCUUGCGAGUGUGUACAGGCCUGGAAAAUACCCGAAAACUCAGGAUCUGAGAGUAAAAAUUUCCCCAAAAAAAAAACCAAAGGAAAAAUAAAAUCCCAUCGAGGACAAAUUGGCGGCGAUUUGAGGGUGUUUUUGACUAUAACUCAUACUAUGAUUAAAAAAAACUAUUGUAUUCUGGCGCUCGGCAAAAUGAAAAAAAAAAUGAAUUACUGGUUAUAACGACGUUUUUUAGGUAUUAGCGUUCGAAUAGAUGACAUAUAUAUUUUUGUACGUUCGCAUGUGUAUGUACCGAGGACGCCGUGAAUUGCAACGAUAUGUUUAAUGGAUUUUAUCGUAAACGUAUGAAAAUAUCGUCCUCACGACGAUCGAACAAGAAACAAAUCCAAAUGACGAAUAAAAAAAAAAUUUUUAAAUUGCGUGUAAGAGAUAAAACUGAUGUUUGAUGAGCUUGAAUAAGCGGCGCGCGGCGACUCUUUGAUAAUUGAAUACACUCUUCCCGGGCCCAAGUACUGUUACAUUAUUUGAGAGAAUGUCAAAAGGAAAAAAAAAGAGAAAACACAAAAGGCAAAAAAAAAACAGGAGAAUUAAAAUCGAAAAAAAGCGAAAAGUUUUGAUAAACGAGGGGUUAAAAGUUGGACAACUAUUUUUAAAUUGUAACGCUCCAUAUUGUUGCAUGCCUAGUUAUCGUAUAGACUUAAAAAAAUUAAAAAAAAUACCUUCUAAAAACCACUGGUACUUAAUCCUAUUGAUUGGAGUAAUAAUACUGAUCUAAUUAUUUCGCUUGUAGUGCGAGUGAUCGUUUACCUAGUACCUAAGUGGAAUACAUAUUAAUGUGCGUAGUAUAUAUACUAUAUCCAGGUAUAUAUGGUAUAUAUAUUAUAAGUGAAUUGAACUUGUAUAAAAUUGUCGAUUGACGAUACGAGAGGGCGAAAAAGCCUCUUGUCAUUGCAAAACUACUUGGGGUUGUGUCGACGAUAGCUCUCAGCCACUGAAAAAAAAAAAUCCGCCAAAUUUUAAUAUCCCGAGCUUGCACAAAUGUCAUUUCUACCCCAGAACUGGCGAGAGACACCACGGGGAUUCAUCGAAUUUUAUCAGUGACCUCGAUGCAGCCCCCAGAGGUCCACCGAUUCAAUUAUUCUUGUAUCAGAAAAAUCACACGAACAAAAUCACAGUUUUGACGAAUACCAAUCAACACUAAUCGUGUUUUGAUAACGUAAAUGCGUCCACAAAAGUUAAUGAAAGAAAUUUUAAAAAAACGUAACACUCAUGCCCACCGCCCUAUUCCCAUCCCUCUGGCACAACAGAAUAAAAAAAAAUUCAAACUAAAAAUUAAAAAAAAAAAAUACAUAUUGAAUGUAUAUUUAAGAAACGCAUGCUUUAAUCUUCGGUAAGACUGAAAAAUCAAAGAGUAAUAAAAACUAGAGGGACAUUUUCAUCAGCCAACGCAUAAUUAUUCUGUACAAUGCUUAACCAACAAUCAAUCAAACAGAGAAUUAAAAUGAAAAAAAAAUUUAAUAGUUAAAAAAUAAUGGCUGAUUAUGCCACUGAGAGGAUUAGUGAGGGGCUUGGUAUUGAGAUAAAGUGAUAUCCAAUUGACUUGUUUAACAUAAAAUGUUAAAAGUCAUUAUCAAUGUUUACAUGCUGGUGUGUGAUGAUGCCCCGAUUGACAAUUUCAUUGAUUUUUAUGGUUAAAUUACUAACGGGUGUGUAGCCCCCCUCCCUCAUCCUCCCUCUCCCAUCCCACCCUCAGCCCCUGAAUCGAUAAGUGUUUAGAUUUACGAAUAAUUUUUAGGUUAGGCUUUGUUUCGACGACUACGUGAGUCAUUGAAUAAUUACUGGUGAUAAACACCAACUGUAAACCUAACCUAAUCGAUAAGGGAAAGAAACAAAAGCCUCCAGUAUUCCAAUUGUCUGUGUAAUCGUGUUAGCUGAGCGUAUCAUUACUUCAUUCAAUUAAUUAUCAUUACCCAUCUCCCCCCCCCCCAGAACCCACCCAUCCCCCCGCCCCCUUCCAAAUGACGAAAGGAGAGAAUAACGCAUUAUAUUUGAAGAGAGUGAUGAGAUAAAUGAUGAAAAUAAUCAUUGAGUAAUUUUUAGAGAGUUAAAGUAUUAAGUUAAUGUUUAAGUAAAGUUAAAUGAGGAAUAAAAAAAAUACAUAAAUGAAAAUAAAAAAAAGAAUAUUGAAAGUAAGGUUGUAGUAUAACGUAAGUUCGAGUGUUUUUGCGUCGGCCAUUUUGAUGAUGUCGCACGCCGACAUCUUGUUAUUACAUUGUAAGCGCAUUUAACUUGUAAACGAUUGAAUGUCUAGUCAUGGCCUCUUGAAGUAACAUAUUAAUUAUUAAUAAUAACAAAAAAAAAGAUGAAUGAAAAAAAAGAUAAAAAAAAAUAUUAAAAAAAAACAUACCUUUGCUACUUUGUAUUUGCGUCUAAAUAAUGGAAUGAAUCAUUCGUUCUAUUGUGUAGGGAGUUAAGGAGGGUAUAAUGAUAAAAAAAAAUGAAUCAGGUAUCGGCGUGAGGUCAUCCCAAUGAUUAGUUAUUAGUUAUCGAUGAAUUAUUAUUGACAUAGGAAUGAGACGAGGGAAAAACGAAUUUUGAAUGAGGAAAAAAAAACAAAUUUAUAUAUUUAUUACUAUUAUUGCCUUUCUUAAAUUGCCAUGAUUAUUACUGAAAAAUAUCACUAUUAUAUUAUUAUUGAUAUUGUAAUUUUUUUUUAUUGAAACUAAAAAUGGAGACAGUGGGAAAAAACCGCUAAAUAUCACUGUGAAGUAUUUAUUAUUUGUCGCGAUUGAUUAUUGAAUUAUUGUGAAUGAUUAUUACCAAUUUUAUCAGUGGCACGAAAGUCGAUAUUAUUGAACAUUAUUUAAAUUUAAAAAAAAAACACUAUUUAUUAUACUCAGCACGUCAUUACCAGUCAUGCAAUUAUUUAUUAAGUUAUUUAUCAAUUGCUUCUAUGAUCAUUAUAAUCUGUAAAAGAUGAAAACCUUACUCAUAUCCAAACUAUUAAUAAAACAAGGAUAUAUAUACACAAGUAUAUAUUAUUGAUAUUGUGUAUAAAUAUUAAGAGUGUUGAAUCGCAAGGUAAAAAUCAACAAUUAAUUAUUCAGAUCGGAUGAUUUAAAAAUUCAUGAAAAAUGAUAUGAAAAGUGAGGCUGCGUUGUUUGACCAUUUUUGAAUAGUUAGGGGUUGUCCGGGAAUCCCCUGGCAGCAAAUCACAAUGUGGAAAUGCCAAUGAUUGAUGGGUAGGGGUGUCAGGGGAUCCUGGACGUUUGGAUUGAGAUAUAUGUAUUUUUUUAAAUUUUGAAAAGAUGAAAAAAAAAACGGUGAAAAAUAACAAAAAAAUGAAAAAUGAAUAAAAGACAAUUUGAAUUAAAUAAACCUGGGAACAGAACUAUUUGUAGGUUAUCUAAUGUAUUUACCGUGUACCGACGCCACUGUUUCAGCGCGAUAGAACGUUGUGCUCGAGGAUAUGAAGUAAAAAUCAUGGGGUUUGAAAAACAAAUGUGAAUGUCGUAAUAAAGUGAAUAUGUGUUGAAAAUAAUAUAAAAAAAACCAGAGGAAAUGGCUGAUGUGCGGGAGGAGGUGAAAAAUAACGAGAGAAGGCGGCACUGGGAGAGAUAAGGAGUGAAAUAAGACCAUACAGAGAUGAAAAAAAUGGAUACGACCCUGGGAGGUUCGGUUAAAUCGCCCGGGGACAGGGAUAAAAAGAGAUGAAAGGGGAGGAAUGAGAAUAUAUAUAUUAAAAAAAAAAUGGGAGA